AUGAGUCGCGUACGCUUGCGUAACGUCCAUGGACCCAUCUCCUCGAUCACUUUCGAGAGCCAACUCGAGCUAUCAUCGGCAUUUCUCACUUUAUUCGAAGUAGUCGAGUGGAGUUGGGUGAUCGAUCCGUCCCUCGCACGAGGGCGCUGUCGUCUAUCUGUGGCACUCGUUCUCGCCAUCCCGAGCUUGGAGACCAUUCCCAUCUCCCCGUUCAAGUGUCUUGUGGCGCUGUUACCAACGCCAGGUCAAUGUGCCCAACUCUCUUAUUUUUGUACCCGAAUAUUGUCGAAGAAAACUAUUCAAGCUCAAGUGCAGUAG